AUGGUGACGCCAGUCUGCUCUUUCUCUAGCUGGCAGGAGGCGUGAUUUUGGGCGUGGCCUUAUGGCUGCGCCACGACCCACAGACCACCAGCCUGCUCUACCUGGAACUGGGAGACCGGCCAGCACCCAGUACCUUCUAUGUGGGCAUCUACAUCCUCAUUGCUGUGGGGGCUGUGAUGAUGUUCGUGGGCUUCCUGGGCUGCUAUGGCGCCAUCCAGGAGUCCCAGUGCCUGCUGGGGACGUUCUUCACCUGCCUCGUGAUCCUCUUUGCCUGUGAGGUGGCCGCUGGUAUCUGGGGCUUUGUUAACAAAGACCAGAUUGCCAAGGACGUGAAGCAGUUUUACGACCAGGCUCUGCAGCAGGCUGUGGUGGAUGACGAUGCCAAUAACGCCAAGGCUGUGGUGAAGACUUUCCACGAGACGCUCAACUGCUGUGGCUCAAGUACGCUGACCACACUGACCACUUCGGUGCUGAGGAACAACCUGUGUCCCACGGGCAACAACUUCUUCACCAACAUCAUGGAGGGCGACUGCCACCGCAAGAUUGACGAGCUCUUCUCGGGAAAGCUGUACCUCAUCGGCAUUGCCGCCAUUGUUGUUGCUGUCAUCAUGAUCUUCGAGAUGAUCCUGAGCAUGGUGCUGUGCUGUGGCAUCCGGAAUAGCUCUGUGUACUGAGACCCUGCGGGUCCGGUCACAGGGACCCUUACAGUGCCACCAGAGUGCCCGGAGGCUGCCUCGGCCAUCACCACCUGUGUACAUAAUGUAUCCGGUAUUACUCUGCUACACUUAGCCUUCUCACUUUCGAGGUUUUGUUUUGUUCUGAACUCUCCUGUUAACUUUGGGGCUGAUGUCACAUGUAGGUGGCUGUGAGGGUAGAGCUAACCGGGGCCUUGGAGACUCUGCUUCAGGGCUCCUGGGGGCUCUGCCUGCUGAGCUAGGCCUAUCAAGGCUGCUUGCCCAGAGGCUCCUGUGGCUGAGCUGGGGGCUGUGUGCACCCAAUCUGCCCUUCCUGUGGGCUGCACAGCUCCCAUCUUUUUAAUCCUUGUCCCUUUCCUCCCCCCCCCCCAUUUCGGAGCUGGGUCUGUGAGCACUCUUAUAUGCCUUCAAUGUACUUGUCCUUUCUAACGUGUCACCUUCAACUGUAAUUACAUCUUAAAACAGUCAUUUAAUAAAGAAGGAAAAAUCAGGCAUGCUAAUGGGACCA